UGCAGCCCGGCGGUGCAGGCGGCGCAGCCCCGCCGGCCGCUCGCCCUGCCCGGCCCCCGUCUCCCCCCUCCCCGGUCCCCACCCACCGGUCCCCCGGUGCCCCCCUCCGUUCCCCCCAGCCGCCGGGAUGCUGCCGGGCUCCUCUCCCGGCCGCUGAGCCUCCGGCGGCCCGGGGAAGCCCGGAGCCCCUCCUGCAGCCCCCGGCGGGCGGAUCGCGCUGCGGGUCACCUUGCAGGGAGGAAAAUGGGGGCCACUGCCCCAGUGUGACCCAUCUCUAAGGUACAACAAAACACAGACUGCCCGCCGCGCUCCCUCAGACACCUCCCAGUAUGGAUGGCUUGAUUGAGCAAAACAGCGUGCUGAUGCACAAUAAGAUCGCCGAAGCCGGGAAAAGGAACGGUUUAAUUAACACAAGGAACUUGGUAGCAGAGAGCCGAGAUGGUCUGGUCUCCGUCUACCCAACCCCGCAGUACCAGGGCCACCGAGCGGGGAGCCUUUCCUCUCCGAGCUGCCUGGAGAACGGCAGGAGCGACCCUGUGCAGCAGCUCCUGGAUCCCAACAUGCUGCAGCAGACGGUGGAGUCCCACUACCGGCCCAACAUCAUCCUCUACUCGGAGAACGUGCUGCGCUCAUGGGGCGAGAGCAUCGGCUCGGAGUGCUGCGAAACCACCUUCAUUGAGGACCGCUCCCCCACCAAGGACAGCCUGGAGUACCCGGACAGCAAGUUCAUCGACCUCUCGGCAGAUGACAUCAAGAUUCACACCCUCUCCUACGAUGUGGAGGAGGAGGAGGAUUUCCAGGAACUAGAGAGCGAUUACUCAAGUGACACCGAAAGCGAAGACAAUUUCCUGAUGAUGCCACCAAGAGACCAUCUCGGCCUCACUGUGUUCUCCAUGCUCUGCUGUUUCUGGCCACUGGGAAUUGCUGCCUUUUACCUGUCUCAUGAGACAAACAAAGCUGUAGCCAAGGGGGACUUCCACCAUGCAAGCUCCAGCUCUCGGCGAGCACUCUUCCUGGCUGUGCUGUCCAUCACAAUCGGAACUGGCAUCUAUGUCGGGGUGGCCGUGGCUCUUAUUGCCUAUCUGUCCAAAAACAAUCACUUAUGAGCCUCAGGAAAGGGGGAGAACCAGCCACCCAGCACCUGCACUGCAGAACUCCACAGCAGAUCAGACUGCAUGGUUUUUCAAAAAGAUCAAGAGACAAACAAACACCUUCUGUGGGCAGGUACAGGCUAAGAUGGGCUUGUGCAUUACUGUAGGGUGGGAAGAUGGCUGUGAUGGGGCUAGUUCCACCGUUUGUGAUGCACAAGUCUUGCUUCUCUUCAUGAACCCCUGUGGAAGGAACGAAGGAAGGAAGGAAGGAAGGAAGGAAGGAGAAGAAGGAAAAGAAAAGAAAAGAAAAGAAAAGAAAAGAAAAGAAAAGAAAAGAAAAGAAAAGAAAAGAAAAGAAAAGAAAAGAAAAGAAAAGAAAAGAAAAGAAAAGAAAAGAAAAGAAAAGAAAAGAAAAGAAAAAGAAAAGAAAAGAAAAAAAAGAAAAAAGAAAAACUGGGGGAGGUGUGGAGAGGAGUGUUUUGCCUUUGCCUUCUUUGCAAUAUGGUGUUUACAAGAAGCUGGCAAACAGAGAUGUUCUCUGAAUACCUUCUUGGUGACCUGAACUUUGCAGCCAGCAUGAGCUUGUGCUUAGUUUGCUUGUUAAGCACGGCACUGAGAUCUGGAAAAGUAUGGACAGUGGCUGGUUCUCUGAAAGAGCAAUAUAACAACAGGAGGAAGAAUGUUUUCUUUCUUUUUUUUUUCCUUCUCUCUCUUUUUUUUUUUAAUGCAGAACUCAUUUGCCUAAGAGUGAAGCAGAGAAUAGUAUUUCCUACUCUUCUCGUCUUGGUAGGUUUCCUGGAAGGAAAAAAGAAAAUAAUAA